GAACGGGACGGUGUUGCUGUCAUUGACGAGUGUUUUCUUUUCGCGAUACUGUGUGUGCUCACCCGAUGGUAAAUGCAAGAAGCCUAGAAAAGAGAACAAAAUCCUGCAUCUAUUUGAUCCACUUCUACUCGCUUAACCCGAUUUUCCACCCGCCCACCCGGGAAGGCAGUGCCGAAGCCAGCCACAGCGAGAGAGCUUAAACCGUGUGCACACACAGCACAGAGCGCUGGCGAACCACUUCCACGGGUGUAGUUUUCCAAAUUUCCAGCUUCACAGGUCACUUGGAGUGUGCGUGUGUGCAUAGUGUAUGUGUGUGCUCGCGUGUGUUAUUUUUUGUUAGUGGGUUGCACUUCACGUUCGUAGAGUGUCCGGUUCCUUUUUUUCCGGAACGUCUUCCAACACACACACCCUGCUUAGAGAGAGUGAGUGAGAUACAGGGACGGAGAGAGCGAGUGAGUGAGAGUAGCGAGUUGCGGAAAACAGAUUGUACGACGGAAGCGGUGCCAGCAGCAGCAACAAAUGACCGACAGCAGUGCGGUGGAUCGUGUGUGAAUAUCAUCGUGUGUGCACGAAUUUCAAAUUAUCGUAGAAGCGAAAAAAAGGGCUGCUGCAUAGAGCAGCAUAGAGAGCUCGGGUGUACGUGCGUGUGCGACUUGUGUGAGUGUGUGUGCCCAGCGCUAUCACGGCUGAUCGUGGGAAGAAAAGCAGUAUUCGCCAGGGGAAAGACGCCCAAGAAAGAAGCAAGAGGAGCGUGCGUAUGUGUGUGCAAAUGUAUUGGCGAGAGCAUCACACAUAGUGCUAUAAUCGAUUUGAUGUGUUCGGUGUGAUUGUUUGUUGGGAGAGGGUGGCCGCCGUAUUCACGCCCAACGACGUUCGAAUACCCGGUACGGUUUGCCGUCGUCCGGCACAAAGUGCAAUAGUGCGAUCGAUCGAUGUAAAGUGUGUGCGUUUGUGUCCCGGUCGAAGAAGUGCUUCCAAAGCUAGCAGCAGCGCACCAACAGCAGCAGCAGCAUGCCGAACACGGACAAAUGACGGUCACGAAGAGGCAAGCAAAAUAACUCAACUGCUGCACUAGGAGUAGUGGUCGUAGUAGGCGCAUAAUCGUUUUUCAUCGGCAGCCCGUUGUUUUUAUGUUGUAACCCCGUUGCCAAACCGCAGCAUCAAUCAUAGUAGUCAGCGGCCCUUUCCUCUGGAUCACACAAUCACAGGGUGAUAAAUACAACACCACCACCACACCCGGGGUCCGAGCAAAAAGCGGAGAAAAGCGGGGGGAGAAACAAGCUACGAAGAAGAUGACACUGAACGAUGAGAAUGGGGCCAGCGGCAAUAAUGUUGCUGUCACGGCAGCAGCAGCAGCAACUGGAACGGGACUGUCAACGACGACGACGACGGGAACCGGAUCAGACCGGCCGGGCGCGCAGGUUGGUGUGGCAGGCGGUGGCACAACCGGCACAAAUAAUGGGGGCAAUGGAAUGAGCAGCAGCAACAACAACAACAAUAUCAAUAACAACACCGGCAGCACGGUCCCAAACGGUGCGGCAGCGGCUACUACGACGACGUCACUAAGCAACAGCACCAACAACAACAACAACAACAACAUUAGUAUUACGAACGGCACGGGACAGAAUGGGAAGCAGCCGGUGGGAUCCGGUAGUCUGGAGAAGCGACCGAGCGGCAGCACCGCCACGACCAACAGCAGCGGAACCGGCCGGUACAUCAUCCCGAAGUACUACGAGAUCGAAACGUUGCCACCGCUGAAGGAUGCGGACCCGUCCGAGCGGGAGGAACUGUUCAUCCAGAAGCUGCAGCAGUGUUGCGUCCUGUUCGACUUUUCCGAACCGCUGAACGAUCUCAAGUACAAGGAGAUCAAGCGCUGUGCGCUGCAGGAAAUUGUCGAGCAUCUGAACAACCAGAGCAACGUGAUUACGGAAGCGAUCUACCCGGAAGCGUUCAAUAUGGUCGCGAUCAAUCUGUUCCGCACGUUGCCCCCGUCGUCCAACCCGAACGGGGCCGAAUUCGAUCCGGAAGAGGAUGAACCGACGCUGGAGGUUUCCUGGCCACACCUGCAGUUUGUGUACGAGCUGUUCCUGCGCUUUCUAGAGUCACCCGACUUCCAGCCGAACGUAGCGAAGCGGUACAUCGACCACAGCUUCAUCCUGAACCUGCUCGAGCUGUUCGAUUCGGAGGAUCCGCGCGAGCGCGAUUUCCUCAAAACGGUACUGCACCGGGUGUACGGGAAGUUUCUCGGCCUGCGUGCCUUCAUCCGCAAGCAGAUCAACAACAUCUUCUACAAGUUUAUCUACGAAACGGAGCACCACAACGGGAUUGCCGAGCUGCUCGAAAUCCUCGGCAGCAUCAUCAACGGGUUUGCCUUACCGCUGAAGGAGGAGCACAAGCAGUUUCUGCUGAAGGUGCUGCUGCCCCUGCACAAGGUGAAAAGCUUGUCCGUCUACCAUCCGCAGCUGGCGUACUGUGUGGUACAGUUUCUCGAGAAGGACGCCAGCCUAACGCAGCCCGUCAUCAAGUGCUUGCUAAAGUUUUGGCCCAAAACGCACAGCCCGAAGGAGGUGAUGUUUCUGAACGAGUUCGAGGAAAUACUGGACGUGAUCGAGCCGGCCGAGUUCCAGAAGGUGAUGGAACCGCUGUUCCGCCAGAUCGCCAAGUGUGUGUCGAGCCCGCACUUUCAGGUGGCGGAACGGGCGCUCUACUACUGGAACAACGACUACAUCAUGUCGCUGAUAUCGGAAAACUCCAAAGUCAUCAUGCCGAUCAUGUUUCCGGCGCUGUACAGCAACAGCAAAUCGCACUGGAACAAAACGAUCCACGGGCUGAUCUACAACGCGAUCAAGCUGUUCAUGGAGAUGAACCAGCUGCUGUUCGACGAGUGUCACCGGAAGUACCAGGCCGAGCAGGAAACGGAGCAGGAGAAGCUGGCGCAGCGGGACGCACUCUGGCAGCAGAUGGAAGAUUUGGCCGCCCGGAACAGUAAGUUAUCGCUGUACGAUCAUCAUCACGAGGCGAGUAGUGCGGCGAGCCGAUCGGCCGGCAGCAGCAGCAGCAGCAGCAGCUUUAACCAUCAGAGGCAGAUGAACGGGCUGAUGAUGAUGGGGGACGGGAAUGGGGGGAGCAGUAGUGGCAGUGGUACGGGACCAACCGGUGCCGCCGGUGGCGUGUACGAUCGGCGAACGACGAUGAUGCAGCACGGUAGCACUUAAGCACGCGCCUGCCACCAAGUGGCGUAGUAGUAGCAAAGAUGAUCCUGGGGGAUCGUCUGCAUCCUGAAAACCACCUUCCAUUUCUUUCCUUAAAACAAACCCGCUACAAAUAUAUACUUUCAGGAUGGAGAAGAAUCGCGCGUAACCUUACGGAACAAGUGCUACUUGAUGAAACGCUUCCGCGAGCAAAGGGAAAAAAAGCGUUAAAUUGUUGAAGCAAAUGGUGGUGACAUGAAAAACGGAAUCCGGAAAUGUUGUACAUACAGGAACUAAGGUCAGGAAAACAAAGAAAAAAAAAACAUUUGCCAGGACAGUUAGCUUAACAAAUCCUCCCCCCCCCCCCCCCCAAACAUAAAGACUUUUUGUUUCUCAUUCUUUAAGGAUGGUUUCUACUAAAAGGAAAUAAAAACAAAACCGGGGGAACAAAACAGAGUUCUCGCGCGCGCACACGCACACAUACAUAGUAGCGAUCGGGUUUAUAGAAUGUUAGCAUAUCGUGUAGUUUGGUUUUGUUUCUUCUUCUAAAACUACCGCUAAUGUAUGCAUCGGAAGAGAAGGAGACCUAAUUUUGGAGAGACGGCGAUGUGUGACGAUGAGGGGGUUAAAUGUUCAACAACUGUUCCGAAAACAUUUUAACUUAGCUAGGCAGCUAACAAAACGAAAGAAGAAUACAGAAGAAUAUGUCUUCAAGCACUUCUUGAGGCCUGAGAGAUAAGAUGUCAAUCGUAAUGGGAUCGUAGGAAGGGUUUGCAGGAUGUCAACCCUGUCGGCGCAAUGGAAACCAUAUGCCGUAUGCUGCCCUUUUGAACAUGUAGUCUCAGGAUCUUCCUAUCAGUUGGAUUGUGUCUAUCUUCUCCUGCUCUGACAAUGCCCCCUUAUGUCCUGGCUCGUUUGGACGAAUGCUCUCUGUCGUUUGCAUUAAAAUCGUUGAAGGACACUAAAAGGACUCUAGGUCGGCACGUUUCGUGAGAUCGAGUGGUGGAGAUCUGGCGCAGUGAGAAGGUUGUUAGCUAGAAACAGGAAGAUGUAUGUCAGGUUCUCUGGACGGUGCUUGAAGGUACUUCAAAUGAUCGCGAUUCGUCAUUACGGUCAGUCUUUCUGUCCUUAACCCAAUGCAUACAUUACAAUCUUCCUUCUCAUUUAUUCUAAAAUUAUUCGAAACCACGUAUUCCUUUGACCACGAAAAGAGAGAGAGAGAAAAAAGCCGCCUCAUCCGGUGCCGUCUGAGCAUUGAUUCGUUUUGAUAUUAUGGAUGGGAGAGAGUUGUGGGAUCCACACCGGUAUUAUUUUAGCAGCAGGCAAAGAUUACAUAUUAAGGGCUGUCCCUGCAGGAGAACUGAGCACAGCGGUUGAGGAACAAGGUAAAGCGAGCAUACUGGGAAUACUGCUCGUCGAUAGGAGAUUCCAGCAACAGAAGCAGAACAGGACAGGACAGGACAGUAUGUGAGAAGACCGGUCGGUCGGUGUAUUUAUAUAUUUUAUCGAACAACUAACUCUCAUGGCAUGUGCGUAAAUAUGUGUAUAGUUUUGUGUAGGUUUACUUUAUACCUUUCCUUUCCCCCCUUUUUUUUCUCUACAUCUCUCUUCCACUUUCCCUUGUUGCCUUCGAACGUCUCUCUUGGCUGUCUCCACGCGUCUUUUGCCCCAUCCCCAUCAAGGGUAUCAAAGGACUGAAGGGGGGGUUGAUGCGUAUGGGUAAGGGGUGUAGUGUGGCCAGCUACACUUUGCACUCACUCUGCUUUGGGGACUGAGGGGUUGCUGCAGGGUGGAUACUUAGGAGACUAAGCGCCUAAGCAAGGGGUAACAAUAAUGAUUGCGAACUUGAAAUGAAGAGGAGCGCACACACACACACACAGCUAGGAAUAUAUACAAACCUACACACACCAUACACACACACAAACACAGCUAAGCCGAUAGAAGAGAUACACCCGGGGUACACCAAUUCCAGUAGUUGCAUAAGAUGAGAGCGUAGCGGGGGUAGCUUAAAGGAAAAAACACAACCGAAAUAGAUGGAGGAACCCUGCAAAUGAGAGGCGGGGGGGUGGGGGGGUGGAAGGGUUAAGGUACUGAGCAAAACCCCCACAUCAUACACCCACAAAGUAAAGAAGCGCAUAUAAAAGUUAAACGCAGGGCUUAUAUAGGAAGGUACAUUGGUAUAAUCGGGGGAGGGUGUAUGAAUGUGUGUAUGAUGAUGAUGAGUAGUAGAAGGAAACAAAAAAUCAAACUUUGUGCGAAGGCAAAUAACGAGAUGUAAAACCAGAAAGGGAAGAAGAGAAGUGGGAAAAGGACUCUAGAAAUACGCUAAAUGUUACAAUUUACUGCAAGCAACUACAGAAAAAAAAGGGAAGCUUAUGAUGUUGAACAGCCGUAAAACUAAAGAAGAAAAACAAAACAAAACAGAAAAACACACACACACACAAUUGUUGUAAAGAAAGGCGUUAUUGGUGAAGAAAAUGGAAAAGAAAAGAAAGAGAGAGAGAGAGAAAGAAUGUGUAAUCAAAGUAAGCGGGCGGCAAAGCAUAACUGUUAGCAUUUUACACUAAUAAGGAGAGAAGAUAAAAGAAGAAGAAAACACACACACACACACACUAAUAAAAAGCAACACACAACAGUAUGAAGUAUGGAGGAAAA